AUGGUCAACUCUUGUUGUGGCUCUGUCUGCUCUGAGGAGGGCUGUGGCCAAGGCUGCUGCCAGCCCAGCUGCUGUCAGACCACCUGCUGUAGGACCACCUGCUGCCGCCCCAGCUGCUGUGUGUCCAGCUGCUGCAGGCCCCAGUGCUGCCAGUCUGUGUGCUGCCAGCCUACCUGCUGUCGCCCCAGCUGCUGCCGCCCCAGCUGCUGUGUGUCCAGCUGCUGCAGACCUAGCUGCUGCCAGUCUGUGUGCUGCCAGCCUACCUGCUGCCGCCCCAGCUGCUGCCGCCCCAGCUGCUGCAUCUCCAGCUGCUGUCAACCCUCCUGUGGUAGCUCCAGCUGUUGUGGUUCCAGCUGCUGCCGCCCUUGCUGCCGCCCCUGCUGCCGCCCCUGCUGCUGUCUGAGACCAGUCUGUGGUCAGGUCUGCUGCCAAACCACUUGCUACCGCCCCACCUGUGUCAUCUCCACCUGCCCCCGCCCCAUGUGCUGCGCCACCCCCUGCUGCUGCUGA